UUUUCAGUUUCGAAUCUUGGAAUUAGUCAUUAAAACAGGGAGGCUUCUUGGUCUAUAAGAGGAUGGGGCUCAGGGAAUUUGGUGUUGGAGUUAUGAAAGUUAGUUUCCAUUGGAUGGGGAAAUUAUACCUUUGUACGUAUACAAUUACAUUCUAACACUGUAAAUUCUCAAAUGCAAAUAAAGUUUGUCUGCUAACUGAUCAUGACUCAGCGUGACCGUACAGCGGCAACUGGCAAGGUUCGUUACUAGCAGGUUAUUCUACGGCUACCAAAGGGCGAAGUCCCAAUUUGUUUUCGAGACUUAGACACAAUGAUUUUAACAAAUGUUUUGUUAAAAAAGGCCAAGAGCAAAUUCAUCAUGGUAUCUAUGAAAAGCAUGGUGAGUGGACACCGUUUUAACAAAAUUAGAGAGAGGCUUUCUGAUAAACUCGAACUUAUACGUUUCGAUCCAUUUGUUCAAGAGGAAGUAGUCUAUAAGGAAGACAAGAAGGUGAAAAGCAUGAAGUUUUAAUAUCUUCUCAUAAUAUACUUGUAAAUAGUUAAUUUAUAAAUAUUUCCGAUCGUUGAUAAUUAAAAAUGUUACUACUUAAACAUGA